CCGACUCCUCCGGCUUCCGGUGCCGCGGCCGCAGCCGCCCGGGUCCGCGCGGAGUUGCCGUCCGUCUUGAGCCGCUGCGCCGGCCGCCGAGAUGCCGCUGGAGAACUUGGAGGAGGAGGGUCUGCCGAAGAACCCCGACCUGCGCAUAGCGCAGCUGCGCUUUCUGCUCAGCCUGCCGGAGCACCGCGGGAACGCGGCCGUGCGCGACGAGCUGAUGGCGGCCGUCCGCGAUAAUAGUGAGGCCCGCCGAGCGCCGAGUCAGCGGCCUAGGCCCGGGCCGGCCCCGCGCCCCGGAGCCUACGGGCGCCCCCCGACGGGCUCCGGGCCUGACGGGGUCCCCGGGACCAAGCCUGCCUCCCAGCCCGCCGGGGCCUCCGUGGGCCGGGGGUGCCCUCGGGGACGCCAGCCGCCCCCUGAGGGCGGCUUGGGGCAGAACCCUCCGGGGCUUAGGUCGGUGCAGGUUCCGGAGAAGGGUUCGCGGCCUCCUGUAGCGGCGGCCGCCUGGGCUGGGGUGGGAGAGUCAAGCUUUCCGCGCGAGGAGCAGUUCGAGGUUGGGCCCUGUAGCCCUCCCUGGCAGCCCGUGGCACUGGGGUGUAUACGCUUGAGCAGAACCUGUCUGGGUUUGCGUGUUUGGUCCGGCUUACCCUUUCCCUUGUUGCAAGACCUGAGGAUCAGAGCCCGUUUGGAUAGGAGGCUGGUGGGUCUUCUACAGUGUGUGCGUGACCCUGACUUUAGGAUCCGAGGACCCCUGCCCAUAAGUCACAUCUCUCUCUCUCUCUCUCUCUACAUGAUGGCAAAGGCCGAGUAUCUCUGCCGGAUAGGUGACAAGGAGGGCGCUCUGACAGCCUUUCGCAAGACGUACGACAAAACCGUGGCCCUGGGCCACCGACUGGAUAUUGUGUUCUAUCUCCUUAGGAUUGGCUUGUUUUAUAUGGAUAACGAUCUCAUCACACGAAACACCGAAAAGGCCAAAAGCUUAAUAGAAGAAGGAGGAGAUUGGGACAGGAGAAACCGCCUGAAAGUGUAUCAGGGUCUCUAUUGUGUGGCUAUCCGUGAUUUCAAACAGGCAGCUGAGCUCUUUCUGGACACAGUUUCAACAUUUACUUCCUAUGAACUCAUGGAUUAUAAAACCUUUGUGACUUAUACUGUCUAUGUCAGCAUGAUUGCCUUAGAGAGACCAGAUCUGAGGGAAAAGGUUAUUAAAGGAGCAGAGAUCCUGGAAGUGUUGCACAGUCUUCCAGCAGUUCGGCAGUACCUGUUUUCACUCUAUGAGUGUCGUUACUCGGUUUUCUUCCAAUCAUUAGCUGUUGUGGAACAGGAAAUGAAAAAGGACUGGCUCUUCGCUCCUCAUUACCGGUACUAUGUGAGAGAGAUGAGAAUCCAUGCCUACAGCCAGCUGCUGGAGUCAUACAGGUCACUAACACUUGGCUAUAUGGCAGAAGCCUUUGGUGUUGGUGUGGAAUUCAUUGAUCAGGAACUCUCCAGAUUUAUUGCUGCUGGGAGACUACACUGCAAAAUAGAUAAAGUAAAUGAAAUAGUGGAAACUAACAGACCUGAUAGCAAGAACUGGCAGUACCAAGAAACCAUCAAGAAAGGAGAUCUGCUACUCAACAGAGUUCAGAAACUUUCCAGGGUAAUUAAUAUGUAAAACCACAUGCACUUCAGAGACAGAUGGAGAUUGACAGCUUUCUUUACUAUGUUCCAUUUUAAAAAUAAAGAGUGUCUUGUUUCUUCA